AUGACAGGAGAAAAGACACAAUUCAUGCCAUAUACAUUCAAUGAAGAAGAAAACCUCCUCUUCUUGUUGGAAGCACAGCAUGAACUCAGUGAUGUGAUUGACCUGAAGGAACCAGACAGUGCCACAAUUGUUGAACGUCGGCAGAAGCGCUUAGCUGCUGAAGAUGCCAAGUUUGAUUCUGACCAUUAUCUUGCUGACUUGUUCGAGGAUGAUGCCAUUCAGGACUUGCUGAAGUAUAAACCUUGGUGGGCAAGUGUGCAGAAGAGAAAAGAAGCAAAGAAAAGCCAGAGUGAACAAUAUUUGAAGGAGCCAGGAAGUCGAUUUGUUGAAUUUUCUGAAGAUGAAAAGGAACAGUUGCGAAACUUCACCAACAAGAAUUACCUGCUGGAUAAAAGGUCAUGCCAGAAUGUUUACCUUGGCCUGCUUGACAUUAUCCUCGCAUAUGCCUAUGAAGUCCGCAUCACUGAAGGAGAAGCUAAUACUGAAUCCUCGUGGAACAUCCGGAAACUGAGCGGGACUUUAUGUUGGCUGGAUACUUACCAUUCUCUUCAGGAAGUUCUUGUGUCUUUCUGCAGAAGAGUGUUGUGUUAUCCCUUUUAUAGACAUUUCCAUUUAGCUCUGAAAGUGAUUGAGGACGCAGUCUUAAUACUUCAGCUGGGUAAGUCUGCUGUUCUCAAGUCCCUUCUGGACAUCCAUAAGAUCUGCAGAGAGAGUGACCCUGCAUACCUCUUGAAUGACCUCUAUAUCACAGACUACUGCAUUUGGAUCCAGAAAGUGAAGUCAAAGAAGCUUGCGUCCUUGGCCGAGUCACUGCAGAAUGUAAAAGUCACAAAGGAUAAUUUAGGCUUUGAACUGGAAGAAUUGGAGAAAGCAGCGCUAUUAGUUCAAGAGGAAGAAAAUGAAAUCCGAUCAGGGCAGAGUGGUCUCCAAUCGCUCCUGUCAGAAAGUGAGACUGAGGAAGAUAAUGACUCUGAGGAAUCCACUAGCUCAUCCAGUGAUACUGGAGAGUCUGAUUCAUGUGAAAACGAUUUGUCUAACUGUAGCAUUUCUGAGGAAACGGAUAGAAAAGGAUUGUGCCAUGCAACAGAGGCUGACUGUGUCGCUGAGUUCAAUGCUGAAGAGGAUAUGAUCAAAUUGAACUGUGGUGAUGAAACUGUGCAUAUGGAUGCCAUAGGAUAUCCAGUUAACUGCCCAUUGGGAGAGACUUCCACUGGUAAAUCACCUCCAAGAAGAUUGAUAGAAGAAGUUGCAGAUCAGUUGCAGUCAAUGGGCUUUUCGGAGUGCUGUGAAAAAUCUGCUGCUGAGAAUUCGGAGCACAUACCAACAAGCCUGCCUCUUCAGAGUUUGGCACAGUAUCAGCAUUCACAGACGACCUCACAGCAGACUUUCUUAGAGGUGUCUCCUAAGAGGAAUUGCCUGCUGCUUGUUGCAGAUCCUGAUAACACAGAGGAUUUUAUAAACCUGGCAUGAGUCCAGCUUGCAUGCGAGAAAAGAACAAACUGAUUUAUGAGCAAGUGGCUGAUGCUGGUCAGUGUACUUAUUAAAUCACUUUAGAAGUGAAAAUUUGCUCUUAAAUGCUUUGGAUUUUUUUUGCACGAUAUCUGGUAUAAAUGUACAUAACUGUAUUACUUGUGUCUUCAAAAUAAUAGAUAUCAUUAUUGCCUUCAUUGCUGCAUUGUGUCGUGAUGUUAAAUCAUCAUACUGUAAGUUUAACCAGUGUUAGUCAAUCUAUAACACAGUUGAGAAUUGGUUUCGAUCACGUCAGUCCUUAUUGUAUCUAGCCUGUGUUUCUUUUAUAGUUUUUUUAAAUCUAACAAGCUUUCAUCAUAACAGUAUCACUUAAUAUGUACAUGGAAGCCCUAUAGGCAACACGUCCUUCUUCAUGUUCAAGAAUAGUGCUGUAGGCUGAUAGAAUAUGGGUUUGAAUCAAUGGACUCGCCGUUUGCUGAGAAACACAUCCCAUGUGGGAUAUUGCCUGUGAGCCCUGAUUGCUGCCUCAUUAGCCAAGGAAUUGUACACAGUGUGAGAGAAGGGAGGCUUACAUUAGGGGAGAUUUAAUUUUAAAAACAAAACAAAGCAAAGCAUAGGUAAAAUGACGCACAAUUUACAAUUAAUGUGGAACUGCUGGGCAGGAGCUGAACAGUCAAUCCAUUUGUAUUAAUAGUGUCACUCAAUUCGAAUGUUGAAAAAGGUGCAAUGCUCAUUAAAGUCGAUGUCAGAGCUGACUGGAUCCUGAAAAACAGUCAUUAUUGAGGAAGUUGUGAACGAGAGAGGGAGAGGAGGCAGAUUUAAUCAUCGAGACCAUGUUAUAGAAUGGAAAUUCAUGCUUCAAACUGACAGUAAAAUAAAUUCUUUUACACACUAAAA